AUGUUCCGCCUUCGCUUUUCGACUUCGUUGGUCAAGCGCCUUCAGUUAGCUUAUGCAUCCGUUCGUGUCGCGCCACCGGCCCGAAUGGCUUCAACCAACCCCAAAUAUCUUAAUUCUGAGGAACCGUACGCUGAAUUUAAGGAACGCUUUAUGGUCGCUUUCAAUCGACCUGAUUUGGAUGGGUGGUGGAUGCGAAAGUAUCUUCAGGACCUGCAUUUGGAAGAUAUUAUACCCGAACCAGAUAUAGUUGUAGCCAUCUUCAAAGCCUGUCGGCGUCUUAAUGACUUGGCUCUGGCCAUCAGAUACAUUGAGACCCUGCGUCACAAAUGUGAAGUCAAACCGGACCUUUUUCCUUGGCUCAUGAACGAAGUUGCGCCAACCAUGAAAGAACUCGGGAUUCCUACCUUGGAGGAACUCGGAUACGAUAAACCAGAACUCUAUACGUUGGAUUAUGACGAUUAA